AUGGCGCAGGACAGCGUCAAUGCACCACUGGUCUGCGGGUGCGUGGCAGCCUUACUUGCGCACCUCGCGCAGUCGAUGUUCUGGCCCUCGGAGAUCCACCACCAUAUCUAUGUGGACGACCCGAUCAUUGCAGCACGCGGGCUGGCACGACAGCGCGACAGAUGCUUCGCCAUCGUCAUCCUGACGUGGCCCGCCCGUGGCAUCCAGCUCGCCUUCAAGAAGGCCGAGAGAGGCCAAGAGGUCGAUUGGGUCGGCGCCCAUCUCGCAUGCAGGACGGACCCAGAGCCAGCGAUCGAGGUCACAGCCAAGCAAGAUAUCGUGGACGACGUGAGCCAGAUGGUCACGACCAGCAGGAGCUCCAACAUCGCACCGAUCAAGGACGUGCAGUCACUCGUCGGCAAGGGCAACCACAUCGCGGGCAUGAUCGAGGCAUAUGAACGAAGCAGAUUGCCCAGGCAGUGCCGCGUGCGCGCGUAUUUCGGCUACGCCAUGCGCGUGUCCAUCGUCGCCGACGCGUCGCCCUGGGGCCUCGGCGGACACUUGCUGAUCGAGGGCGCGGUGAAGGCCUACUUCGCGAGUCCGCUCACCCAGAUCGACGCGGAUUUGCUGCGCGCGCCGCUGGGCGAGGCAGCGGGGCAACAGGUCUGGGAGGCGCUCGCGAUGCUGGUGGCGCUCAGGCUAUGGAAGCAAGUCUGGCUGCAGCAGGGCGCCCGCUUGGCAGCGACGGCGGACAGCAUCUCCACCCUCGCCCUGCUGCUCAACUUCCGAGCGAAGACAUCCUCGUACGGCCUGGGCGUAGUUUGCCGCGAGAUGGCGCUGGAGUUUGGCGACCGCGCUUACAAGCCCAGAGUCUACGUGCACCUCCCCGGCAUCGCCGGCGAUGUUGCCGGA